UUUUAGUUUGUGUCUUUGCUAGUUAUAUUUAAAUAUAACUUCACACCCUUAGCAAACUCUUCAAUUUGUAGUUUCAUGAUAUGUUUUGCGUUUUUGCAAAAGGAUGACAGAAUGUUAAUAGGCCUUAAAUUAUUCAAGGCUAAUGAAUUUCCAUGUUUCUGCAUUGGCCUAAUUUUGGCUGUUUUCCAAUCCUGGGGAACUGAGGUAGUAGGAAUAGUGUUUGCAAAACGUAGCGGAUGAUAGAAGAUAAGUGGAAAUAUAAAUUUCUUCCUUCUUCUGCUAAAAAUUUCCUGGUAAUAGAAAAAAAAACGAUGAGAUUACUGGAAAUACUACCAACUGACACGUGACUAUAAGUACAAGCUUUUUCAUCAAUUUUUCCACACUGCUGCCCUUAUCCUAACAGUUAUUAGUGUUGUUUUGUCAUAAGGCAAAGUGGUUAGUUAUUGCAUACACUAUUUCCUUAUUGGGGAAAUGUUUCAUUGCCUCACAUAUAAAACGUGAAUUAUAUUCUUCUUCUUUCGUUUUUUGUAUGCGUAGUAUAAACUUGCAUAAAAUUUUUGUUUAUCUUAUAGAUGCCUAAAAUUCCUGCUGCUGGUACUGAUUCGGAUACUUCCCAAUCCAUCCAACAUGGCAAAGUGAAUAUUACUGCCAAUGACGCGGGUAAUCGGACAUCACCAUCAUAUGUUGCUUUCACUGAAACGAAACGUUCCAUCGGAGAUGCUACUCAAAAUCAAGCUGCUAUGAAUCCUCAAAACACUAAACACUUGAUUGAUCGUAAAUCUGAUGAUCCAGCUGUUCAGGCCAACAUGAAGCAUAGACCACUUGAUGUUCUCGAUGUAAAAAGCAAACCAGAAAUCGAAGAAAGCUGCAGGGAUCAAAAGAAGACCUUUUUAUCAAACACGAACGCGACAACUGAGAUUGAUUUAGAUAAAUCAGCUAUAAAUGAUGUUGUAACAGACUCACCACGUCAGGCUAUCAAAAAUGGGGGAACUAUCGCUGGUUUGAAAUUUAAUUUAAUUGUUGCUGUUUCGAAAAAUUUGGGUAUUGGUUUAAAGGGUGGUUUACCAUGGAAAUUGAAAUCCGAACUUAAAUACUUUAGUCAGACGACGAGACGGGUACUAGAUUCUACGAAACGCAAUGUAGUUAUAAUGGGGCGUAAAACUUAUUUUGGAAUACCGCUCAGUAAUAGACCAUUGCGUGAUAGAUUGAACAUCGUUUUAAGCACGACUUUAACAAAACAUGAUUUAUCGGAUGAGGUCUUACUGCAGCCGAAUCUUGAACGGGCUAUGAAAUUUUUGGAGAACGACAAUGAAUUGAAAAGCAGCAUAGAAACUAUUUGGAUAAUAGGCGGUGCAGGUGUUUUUAGAGAUGCCAUGGCUUCUGACCGUUGUCAUCGUUUAUAUAUAACACAAAUACAAUCCAGUUUCGAAUGUGAUGUGUUCCUUCCGGCAAUACCUGAUAAUUUUCAAGAAGUUAAAACCGAUCCUGAGAUACCACAAGGAAUUCAAGUAGAAAAUGGUAUAAGUUUCGUAUAUAAAGUUUUGGAAAAACGAUAA